CUGUAUGCGUUCACGUUGUCGCUGCAGUAGACGUGGUACCUCGUCGGGGUAGUGAUCAAAACCUAGUUUGCCUGUAGGCUGUAUAUUCGCCGCCUCUGCGGGGGAAAGAUAAUUUAAUUUGCCAUCGUAAGCUUCCGAAGCUGGAUCGUGCGGCACGAUGGGUUCGCUAAUGAUGGACGGCAACGGUGUUGUAGUUGUUGUGUAUGCAACAGCAAUUUGCUUCGCUGUAUCCAAAGCAUUGUUCGUGUGUCCACGCAGUCCAUUACGACCAUUAACCAGCACACCAUUUUGCGCCGGCACCGAUUUGGUCGAUUUGAUGGCAUCCUGCAGGAUAAAAGUGUAUUUUAUUAUAAAGGUCUGCUGAAAUAUGGUUUCUCUAAAUAUUACGUCAAUUGGUCUGUUAUAACCCACAAACACAGUCUUCGACUUCAAUAUGCGAUAACCAUCUUUAUCGGCAAUAUAGUCCUUUUGGCGUAAAAAUCCAGCUGCAUCUAUCCAAGCUUCAGUGCCUAAAAUGUAAAAAAGGUGGUCAAAAUUGUGAAUAUAUGGAAAGUGAUUUAAAAGAGGCAAGCACUUACCAACAACAGUACCGUCUUGUAGACGCCUUUCCUUACGAAACUGUCCAUUAUCCGUUUGAAAGCGAAAAUAGCGUUCCGGUCCUUCAUCUGUCUGUAUGUGAUACUGUCCAUCACCUGGUGAACCCCAUGAGCCCUCCACUACCGCAAGCAGUGAAACCUGCAAAAGCAAAUAGAAAUAUUUUAUAAACUAAAUAAUGAUAACGAAAAUUGUGGAAGAACUGGUAUAUAUUAAGUUUUUAUAGUAUUUCAAAGAUAAAGAAAAGGUCAAAUUUUUUAAAAAUUUGUAAAAUGGUUUUUUAGAAAGAAUAAAAUAAAUAUAUUAUUUUCGACCUCUUUAUUUUGCUUAACUAUUUAAAGGUUUUAGUAUACUUCUAAAAAUUAUGAGAUAGAAUCGUUGUUGCGAAGUCCUGGACUUAAUGCGCAAUCUUUUUUACUAUACGCCUUAUUGUACUUGUAUAAGUAUCCUUGGCCCUUUCACUAUGUUCAUGGAUACUCUUACUAUCGACAAACUAAACCAUUUCAGCUCAUACGGCUUGAAAGUUAGAGUCAGCUUUUUGGUUGUUCCUCUGAUAUUAAAGUAUCACUUUGUAUUUGUAUCUUAAUUUUGUAGAAUCCCCGUAGUAAUUCUGUAUCAAGGUUUCCACAUUGCACACAAAUCGUAUGAGAUUUUUGGUCUUCGUUAUCGAACGAAGUUUUGUGAAGGCUAAACUUCGUCGAUGAAAAUCUUCUUGAAAUAACCUGGCAUUAUUUUCACUCUUUCAAUAUUGAUGGAUUUUUAAAUAAAGUCUACAUUUUGAAAUAUAACGAUCAUGGUGAUCAUAAGUUUCCAUCGAUAGACUCCGACGGAAAUUUACUAUGAAUCAGAGAAGUACUUAGUAUAAGUUUAAUACUAUUAUCAUCAGUCCAAUUUCAACAAGAAUAUAAAGUUCAUUGAAAAGGGCAUUAACAAAAUCUGUUGAACUCGAUUCCUAAAGGUUCAAAAGUCUUAUAUUUAUGGGUAGAAAAUAUGUAGACCAUAUAUUGUGGAUUCAAAUUUAAUAACCAGUAGAAACCCAGAUUAUUCUUUCACUUUCAAAGAUUUUCCGAACGGAAUCAGUCUCCCCGCAAAGGUUUAAUAGACCUAUCAAGCAGUAUAUGGCAUAGAUAGAAGUUAAAAUAUCACAUUUACUUCUCCUAAAAUCUAGAAAAAUAUUAUUUUUCUAAGUUAAUUGGAUUUAAGUUAUGUAACGAAGACUACUUUUUUCUUAGUCUCGAAAAGAGACUUUCGUGCCAAAAGCAAAAUUAUAUAGCACAUUCUUAAUGAAUAUUCCAUUUAAUAUUGCAGCACACCGUCUCACAAAUACUCUCCCAGAGGCGUAUCACUCCUAACGACAGUAAACAAACACUCUUUCGAUUACUUAUACAUUGCUAAGUAACGAAUGUUUUCUACAUUUAAGCAAAACUAAACAAACUUCGAGAAUCAGCAAAACGAAAACGACAGCAAUUUUAUUUUAAAAAAUAUUUACGAAAAUAAACACUUAUUUAUAUAUUGAAAAUCUCCAAAAUAAAUAGCCAAAAUGCCCUCUUUGGCAACGGCAUCAAUCAGUUCAUUUAAGUUAGCACGUUUCAGUCGUCCGCUACGAUUCCACGAUCCCAUUGUACGAGAACAACCCGAGUGUUACUCCAUUCGACCUUCACUCAUCGACUAUAUACGCGAAGAUCUACAGGAGUUAUCGCGACGUCUCUUCUACCAACGCAUAUACAUAUUGGCAAAGAACAAAUUGGAUGUACAGCCGCCGCAGCUACAAAGUCGACCGACGCCGCCGACAUUACCGCAUGGCGGUUCGUACCGAGCGGGCAGACGCUCACUGACCUCAGUGACAUCGGCACGACGAGAUACGCUCGAUUUUAAGAUAAUACUACAAAUGGAAUUGCAACACAUAUUGGCGCGCGAUGCUGAAAAUAGUAUUUCGGGUGAUAGACCCACGGGCUUGUUUCUGUACUUGGGCGACUAUACGUUGUUGAUGUUCGAAUGCGUUGAAGAUAUUGUCGGCUCCUUUUGUACGCAAUUGAGUGCGAUUGCAGAUAAAUACUUUGUAGCAAAUAAAGUUUUCCUUACCGAAGAUCGCACCGGUGAAACAUAUUUUCAAAAUUUCCAUUAUCGUCGUGCCGUACCGAUUAACAUUAAUGAGAAAUUUCCACCGAACACGGUCACCGACAUUGAGCUAAUGAGCCAACAACACUUGACGAUUAAGGAUAAAUUGUUUGAGCUGUGUACGACGCUUUCACAAGACAUACAGCGGGGGCAAGAUAAUGCUAUGCACAGUACCAUAAGCUCUGGUAAGGGUACAUUCAGUUUGUGGCGACCCAGUCUUGAUUUCGGUGAAGAUCUAACACCUACCAUAUUCAAUAAACUUUUACCCGAAGUGCAACGUAUUGAACUUGUGCUGAAUUGUAAUCGUUUCUAUUGUAAUGUGCAACGGCGUGCUUUAAUGUACAACCGUAUACCAAACGAGUUGGACGAUAAACUCCAUUCUUGGCCCAUACAAUAUAAUUACACUCCGAUCGGCGUUUUCUGGCACUCGCCAUACGAUGUUAAUUUGACAUUUUCCGAUUAUGGCAAGAAGGAAGAGCAGGUCGAAGAGAAAAACUCUGGUUCGGAAGAGGAUGGUGAAAAGAUCGCCUAGCGUAGUUGAUGCGUCAAGUAUUCGGAGAGGACAUAUAGCGAAAUAACAGAAAUAAAUAUGCUAAAACCCGUAGUUUGAUUUUUUUAUGAAUGAUUAAAUAAAAGAGAAUGAGAAUUUCCAA